AUGGCGACAGCGUCGCCCACACCAAUCGGCAAUGGCCUCGUCCGAAGGACUUCUUCGAGGCAAGCCAUUAGGAGACUUCCCUCGAGACCGACCGUAAACCACACCGACAGUUUCCAGGCGCCUGCAAAUCAGUCACUAUCAAAGGGCUACAAUCUGAAGCCCCAGCAAUUUCACGACGACAGCUCUGAGGAUGAGAUCCCAGUACCUAUGAAGCUCAGUGCUCUCACCAAGGCGCUCCUCAACGAUGGCGCUUCCGCAUCCACCGAGAGACCUGCCUCACCUCCCCGAACGCGACGACGCACAAGUGCUCUGAACGCGUCAACUUCUUCAAACAGUGAGACACGCCGACACCUAAGAUCCGGAAGCGCUCAGGCCCACGACGUAAGAUCUUCAAGACAAACUAGCCCAACGCCCGCAACAAGUCGAGAAAUAAGUCCUGUGAGAAGAAGAGUUGUUCGACUUAGCAACACACCUCAGAGCCUCAGCCAGAUGAAGCCUACUAAGCGACGUUCAACCUCAUUAUCUCGCUCAACCCAAAGGUCACGCCCUCAAAGCCGCCCUGGAAGCCGCGAUAUGUCUUCAGACGAGCGACAAGAUUCUAAGCACGACUCCAAGGAUUCCAAGCAUGAUUCUCAGUUGGACGUGAACACCCCAGCACAGGGCGGACGCGUUGUACGAAUCAAUGCCGGCUCUCCCAGCAACAGGAGCCGCCUUGGCUCCACCGGACCUUCGUCAGGAAGAUCUAUGGAGCGCUCCCUGCUGGAUAGGUCUACUAUCGAGGACAACGAUCAGCCAGAAGAGCCCGCCACAAUUGCUCGCAACCCCCCUCCGUUCCACCACGGCAGUGUUUCGCGAUACCCAUCGACGAGCACAAGGACUAGACCCGAGGACAAUGCAAACCUGCAAAGUUCCAUGCGCGUCAAGCGCGUCGGCAAGGUUGCUGGUAGCUUUUUGAGUGGACCUGCCCGACGCGGUCGCCGGAGGCAGAGUGAAGAGGAUGCCGAAGCAAACGCAGAUGGAGAUAUCAUGUCUAGCCAAGAAGCGGAGAGCCAGCCAGCUGAAGAUCACCACGGUGCUUCAUAUUAUGGAGACAACAUUAGAGACUUCAACUCAGGCAGUCCAGUGAGUGGACAAGCUGCUGCCAGGGCAAUUCAUCGACGGAACGCUUCCCAAAUGGAUUUGAGACUAGGCUCUGCGCGACCAUCUCCCCGGGAAGCAUCACCUCGUGAGCCUACACCCGAAGUACAGGUUCCUGAGCCAGAACGCAAGUCUGAAAGGGACGAAGAGAUCCACUAUAGACUCCCAUCCGCUCGUCCAGAGUUGCCCUCGGGUCGUGAUCAAGAGAAUGAUGCUCAAGCGAGCCUCAAGAGGACAAAACCAUCUGUUGAUGUACUACUAGAGAAGAUGCCCAAGCGACCUAUGAGCGCCGACCCUGCGCCUGUAAGAACAGUGUCACCAGAAAGAAAGCCACUCGCCUCUAUGGCCCGCAACACUCCUCUCCGUCAAGCCCCCCCACCUCCUCCAAAGAUGUCUGUCCUUGAGGCGGCGACCGCUACUGCAGGUGCUGCUACAACUACACAAGCAAAACAGCGAAGAAACAUCCUACGAGUGAAUGGUGUAGCAUACACCCGGCUUGAUUGUCUUGGCCGAGGUGGCAGUGGAAAGGUGUACCGAGUUGCUGCCGAAAACGGCAAAAUGUUUGCUCUCAAGCGUGUUUCUCUUGAGAAUGCGGAUGACACUACCAUCCGAGGUUAUCUUGGCGAAAUCGACCUGUUGAAGAAGCUUGGCGAAGUAGAGCGGGUUAUUAAGUUGUUUGAUUGUGAGAUGAACACUGAGAAGCAGGUUCUUACCUUGCUUAUGGAGAUUGGUGAGCUGGACUUUAAUACCUUUUUGAGAAAGCGGUAUAACCCCGAAGCCGCAAAGUUCGAUCCUGUUUUUGUUCGAUUCUACUGGAAGGAGAUGCUUGAGUGUCUGCAGGCAGUUCAUCAGUGUGACAUUGUCCACUCUGAUCUUAAGCCUGCCAACUUUGUGCUUGUCAAGGGUCAACUCAAGCUUAUCGACUUCGGCAUUGCCAAUGCCAUUCAAACGGAUGAGACUGUCAACGUCCACCGCGAGAAUCAAGUCGGAACACCCAACUACAUGUCUCCCGAGUCGCUUAUGGACUCUAACAACCCUCGAGGAGGUCGUGCCCCCGGACGACCCAAGUUGAUGAAGUUGGGCAAGCCCAGCGAUAUAUGGUCUCUGGCCUGCAUCCUGUACCAAAUGGUUUACGGCCUACCCCCCUUUGGUCACAUCGCCAACCAGAUGUCAAGGUGCCAGGCCAUUAUUAACUGGGAGCACGAUAUCGAGUUCCCUUCACGCGGUAUGGGAGGCAUGUCCGUUCCUCCUUCGCUCAUUCGAACUAUGAGACGCUGUCUGAACCGCGACCACCACAUGCGCCCGACGUGUGAGGAGCUAUUGCACGAGACCGACCCCUUCCUGUACCCUGCCGAGCUCACCGACAAGGCCCUCCCCAUCGACGAGGAGCUGCUUGGUAGAAUCAUUCAGAGCGUGGUGACAAGGUGCCGCGACCGGAUGCCAACAGAGGCCGAGAGUUUGAGCGUCUGGCCACAGGCUUAUUGGGCCAGUGUUAAGAAAGCUAUGGCCGGCAGAAUGUGA